ACAAGUUUUAAAAAUAUAAAUAGCCAGUUUCUCUCCUUUUUAUUCACUCACCACGCUGAGCAGAAAGAAUUUGGGGGUUUAGGGAUUUUCAGUCGGUGAUUUCAAGCGAGUAACCGAGAACGAGGCCCAAGAAAACAUCAACAGCAGGAGUGGGAGCUUAAAUAACCCACCCCCAAUCGCUUGUAUAUAUCUGUACGCUAAGAAAGGAAUGGAUAUGAAUGAGAAAAUAGAGAUAUUAAAAUCAGAAUUUCAAAAGCUGUCAAAGGAUGGACAAGCUUGGGUGCAACAUUUAUCAGUGGAGAUGAAUAAACAAGAGUGGUUUCAGAAGUUGCCCCCUUUUAUUCAAAACAUACCUCCACUUCAACUCUAUGUUGCACUUGUGGUCUUGUUCCUCACCAUGUUUUUCUUCUUUAUAGUUCGGUUCUUCAACCGCAAGACAUCUAAUACCAUAUUACUCACUGGGCUAAGUGGAAGUGGAAAAACUGUCCUAUUCUAUCAGCUUCGAGAUGGUUCUGCUCAUCAGGGUACUGUAACGUCAAUGGAACCAAAUGAGGGCAGCUUUGUGCUACACUCUGAGACCACUAAGAAGGGCAAGGUAAAACCUGUACACUUAGUUGAUGUUCCUGGACACUCUCGCCUUCAAACUAAACUUGAUGACUUCUUGCCUCAAGCAGCUGGAGUAGUGUUUGUGGUGGAUGCUGUAGAAUUUCUGCCUAAAUCCCGUGCUGUGUCAGAGUACUUAUAUGACAUUUUGACAAAAGCAAGUGUGGUCAAGAAAAAUAUACCAGUACUUAUCUUAUGUAACAAAGUGGACAAGGUCACCGCACAUACCAAAGAGUUCAUCAGAAAACAACUGGAAAAGGAAAUUGACAAACUUAGAGCAUCUCGAAAUGUGGUGUCCGAAGCUGACGUCUCUAAUGAGUUCACACUUGGUAUACCUGGAGAGACAUUUGCAUUUUCUCACUGUCGUAACAAGGUGACUGUUGCUGAAGCUUCUGGCGGGACAGGAGAAAUAACUCAAUUGGAGCUUUUCAUCCGAGAGCAUGUAAAGCCUUGAGAAUUUCUUUUUAAAUUCAUUUAGUUAAUUAGGUUCCAACAUUAAGGAUUGCAUCAGAACUGUUUAAACUGUGAAAUCAAUGGAUGGAAGGUAUCUUUUAGAUUGAA